CUGGGGGCCCUGUCUCCCCUCGCCGCAUCCACUCGCCCGCCGGCCGCUCGCCCGCCGCCGCCUCCUCCGCGCCGCCCAGCCUCGCCCGCGCUGCCACCAUGAGCCAGGCCUACUCGUCCAGCCAGCGCGUGUCCUCCUACCGCCGCACCUUCGGUGGGGCCCCGAGCUUCCCGCUCGGCUCCCCGCUGAGCUCGCCGGUGUUCCCGCGCGCGGGCUUCGGCACCAAGGGCUCCUCCAGCUCGAUGACGUCCCGCGUGUACCAGGUGUCGCGCACGUCGGGCGGGGCCGGGGGCCUGGGGGCGCUGCGGGCCAGCCGGCUGGGGGCGACCCGCGCGCCCUCCUACGGCGCGGGCGAGCUGCUGGACUUCUCCCUGGCCGACGCCGUGAACCAGGAGUUCCUGACCACGCGCACCAACGAGAAGGUGGAGCUGCAGGAGCUCAACGACCGCUUUGCCAACUACAUCGAGAAGGUGCGCUUCCUGGAGCAGCAGAACGCGGCGCUCGCGGCCGAGGUGAACCGGCUCAAGGGCCGAGAGCCGACACGGGUCGCCGAGAUCUACGAGGAGGAGCUGCGCGAGCUGAGGCGCCAGGUGGAGGUGCUGACCAACCAGCGCGCCCGCGUUGACGUCGAGCGCGACAACCUGCUGGACGACCUGCAGCGGCUCAAGGCCAAGCUGCAAGAGGAGAUACAGCUAAAAGAAGAAGCAGAGAACAAUUUGGCUGCCUUCCGAGCGGAUGUGGAUGCCGCCACUCUAGCUCGAAUUGACCUAGAACGCAGGAUUGAAUCUCUCAAUGAGGAAAUCGCAUUCCUUAAGAAAGUACACGAAGAGGAGAUCCGAGAGCUACAGGCCCAGCUUCAGGAACAGCAGGUCCAGGUGGAGAUGGACAUGUCCAAGCCAGACCUCACUGCUGCCCUCAGAGAUAUCCGGGCUCAGUACGAGACCAUCGCGGCUAAGAACAUCUCGGAAGCUGAGGAGUGGUACAAGUCAAAGGUGUCCGACCUGACCCAGGCAGCCAAUAAGAACAACGAUGCACUGCGCCAGGCCAAGCAGGAGAUGAUGGAAUACCGACACCAGAUCCAGUCCUACACCUGCGAAAUCGAUGCCCUCAAGGGCACAAAUGACUCCCUGAUGAGGCAGAUGCGGGAGCUGGAAGACCGCUUCGCUAGUGAGGCCAGCGGCUACCAGGACAACAUCGCACGCCUGGAGGAGGAGAUCCGGCACCUCAAGGAUGAGAUGGCCCGCCACCUGCGCGAGUACCAGGACCUGCUCAAUGUCAAGAUGGCUCUGGAUGUGGAAAUUGCCACUUACCGGAAGCUGCUGGAGGGCGAGGAGAGCCGAAUCAACCUUCCUAUCCAGACCUUCUCUGCCCUCAACUUCCGAGAAACAAGCCCCGAGCAAAGGGGUUCUGAGGUCCAUACCAAGAAGACAGUGAUGAUCAAGACCAUCGAGACCCGCGACGGGGAGGUCGUCAGCGAGGCCACACAGCAGCAACACGAGGUGCUGUAAAGCCAGAGACUCCUCUGUCACCAGAGACCACCUCCCCUCAAUCCUCACUGCCUCCGAAGCCAGCCUCCUUCCAUCCCAGAGCAGCACACCUCGCCACAGUGCUCCCCUCACGGCCUCUGACCGCUGCUCACCAGCCACCCCUAUGUCCCCACAGGGCACACGGCCCACCCCUGCCCAGGCACAGGCAGCCCCCAGCUGUGUGAGUCCUGGAUGCUGGAAGUGAGUGAGCCUGGCUCUUGGCUGCCCUCGGGGUGUGUGGCGCAGGGCCAGGAUGGAGCCGAGGCAGGGUAGGGCCCCCGCCCCUCCCAUCCCCAGGACCUCAGGCUUCAGCCUCUGGCUUGGGAAAGGGCCCAGAGCAGGGUGUUGGGACCCCACAGGGUCAGGAUCAAACCCUGUGAACCUCCCCACUCUCCACUCCCUAGCCUGGGUCAGAGAGAAGGGGCAGCCCCUCAGCAAGCAGGGCAGGUAACAGGGGGACUAGGCUCCUGUGGGGACUAGGGGGCUUGAAGUUGACCCUUAUUUUCCCAGGGUGGAUUUAGAAAGCAGGGCUGCUAGAGGGACCCCCCGAAGGUGCCAGAUGUGGGAGCAGGAGAUUCAGAAGGAGAGAGGGUGGCGAGAUGCUGGAGAAGAGAGGAGAGGAGAGAGGCAGAGAGUGGUCUCAGGCAGGUGGGAGGGGUGCCCGCCUCCCCAAGCCUGCCCCUCCCCCAAGCAGGGGCUCUGGACAGAAACAAUAAAAAGAGAAGCACAAGCCUA